AUGGCUAACACUUUCUUCAACUUUUUCAUGCUCUUCCUAUCUCUCACUGCAGGCUUAUGCUAUGCCAAAGAUGCAACCGGAGGAGGAAAAAAACGAAAGCCUUUGGCUCCGGCCAUGUUUGUUUUUGGCGAUUCAUUGAUCGACAGUGGCAACAACAACAACUUGCCUUCUUUUGCUAAAGCCAAUUACUUUCCCUACGGUAUCGAUUUUAAAAACGGCCCCACCGGAAGAUUCUCCAACGGCUACACCAUGGUCGACACCAUCGCUGAGUUGCUUGGACUUCCGUUGAUCCCUCCUCACUCGGAGGCCUCCGGCAAACAAAUGAAACGUGGAGUUAAUUUUGCGUCUGCUGCUUCUGGAAUUCUAGACAUCACAGGAAGAAAUUUUAUGAGGCGAAUACCAUUCAACCAGCAGAUCGGAAACUUCGAGGACACUCUCGACCAGCUCACGGGCACCCUCGGAGCUAACGAGAUGGCCCAUCAUCUGUCGAGGUGCAUUUUCUUCAUCGGAAUGGGUAGCAACGACUACCUCAACAACUACCUCUUGCCCAACUACGACACCAAGAAUCAAUACGAUGGUCAACAAUACGCUGAUUACCUAGUCAAACAAUAUUCCCAGCAGCUCACUAGAUUGUACAAUCUAGGAGCUAGGAAGUUCGUGAUAGCCGGAUUAGGGCAAAUGGGCUGCAUCCCGAGCAUUCUAGCACAGAGCAGGACUGGGUUGUGCAACGAGGACGUGAACAAACUCGUUGCCCCGUUCAACUUCAACACGAAGGUCAUGAUAAACAACCUAAUCCGAAAUCUUCCCGGUAUCCGAUUCUCCUACAUUGACAUCAACAAGAUGUUCAGUGAUCUCCUGGCUAAUGCCAGGUCAUAUGGUUUCACUGUUGUGAACCGUGGGUGUUGUGGAAUUGGGCGGAACAGGGGACAGAUAACUUGUCUCCCGUUUCAGAGGCCGUGCCUUGAUAGGAACCGGUUCAUUUUCUGGGACGCGUUUCACCCGACCGAGGCCGUGAAUGUCUUGUUAGGGAGGAAGGCCUUCAAUGGCAGUAGUGAUGUUGUUUAUCCUGUCAAUAUAGCACAACUUGCUCGUCUUUGAAGUUUAAUGUUUUUUUUUGUUGUGAUUUGUAGGUGCUAAUUUUGUGUCUUUUAUAAGAAAACAUAUGUUGUUUCUAUUUCAA